AUGUUCCGGCGAGGCAACAACAGAGGCCAGAGCUUCGAGGGUCGUCCCGUGGAUCAUCCUUACAACAAUCCCAACUACGGUCCCGAAUACGGCUCGGGAUACGACCCUGGACUCGGCAACACAUACGUCUGCAAUUACAACAACGACGGAAGAGGCCUGGGUUGCCCCAACUGUGGUCGACUCCGAUGCAGAGGCUGCGACGGCUUCGGCAUCGGAUUGGGAUUCGGAUUGGGCCGGCGUGGUCGUCGAGUCGGCUUGAUCGGCGGCCUCAUCGACCUUGCUGUCGCUGACCAUCAGGCCAACAACAUGCGUGCACAGCAACAGCGGCAAAUGAUAGACGCCGCCGCCCACGACCGACGCAUAGAGCGGGAUGUGAUGAUGCAGCAGCAGCAGCAGCAGCGGUGGGGAUAUCCUCCUCCAACGGGGAGGAAUCUGUACGACGACAGAGACCACGUCAGUGCAGCCCGUGAUGCCAAUGGCGCUCGAAGUGUUUCGGGGCCACGAACGAGCCACAGACAGGCGCCCGACGACAACAGAAGGUCUCUUCGCGACAUGACGAGACCAGAUAGCAGGAGUGGUGACAGUGAGGAGGAAGCAGAAGAGAAGAAAGAGCUGGACAGGUAUGCUGGGGGUGGGAACAGCAUCGCUGCCCGCAAUGAUUACCACCACGAUGAGAAGCCUCGUGGUUGGAAUGUGCAAGAGCAAGAGCAGGACGAGGACCAAGAGCAGGGACGACGACAGUACGGCCAGGACCAGCGUCAUGGAUACGGGGAGAAACAACAACAACACCAACAACAAGGGGAUUAUGGUCAGCUGUUGCUGCCUUCCUACCAGGCUGCAGUGAUGAUGAAUAAUGAGAGGAGGAACUAG